AUGGCGUGCGCCGUCGUCUCCGCAGCGUUUCGAUUCCCGUUCGCCAUCCGCCGGCUUUCUAAUCCGGCACCGCGAAUUAGAUAUCCUUCCACGAUCAGGUCAGCUCAUCUCCGAGGGAUCACAACGGCUUCGUCCAUGAGCCAACAGACUGGCGAAAUUGGCGCCGUCGUCGAUGCCUCUCGUAACGACGAGAAUUCGACGGAGAAUCCCGUGGAUGUCGUGGUGCAGUACGUGGUGCUUCGACGAGAUCUGAUCGAUUCGUGGCCACUCGGGAGCGUGGUGACGCAGGGAUGCCACGCGUCAGUGGCGGCGAUCUGGUCGUUCAGAGACGAUCCGGUGACGCUUCAGUAUUGUGAUCCUCAGAACAUCGAUUCUAUGCACAAGGUGACUCUGGAGGUGAAAGGGGAAACGCAGAUGAUGAAUUUGUCAGAGAAGCUGAAAUUAGGAGGGAUCUCUCAUAAGGUAUGGAUGGAGGAGCCUGAGAAUAUUCCGACGUGUAUCGCCACUAAGCCAUAUCCCAAAUCUCAAGUCUCUUCUUUCUUCAAGAAGCUCAAGCUUUGCAAGUGA